AUGCAGAAGAAUGCAGCGUACGGCCGCUCCAGCAUGGUCGCCGCCGAUCUGGAGGUUUACCUGGCCAGAGGCGGCGAAAUCAAGCCCGCCAUCGUCUCCGCCCUUUUCAACAUGUAUGCCCGGCUGCGCUCGCCUGAGAAGGGCGAUGCCCUGUACGCCCGUGUGCAGGCGCACCGCCAGGGCCCCAUGACCCCGGCAAACUACGCCUCCCUGCUCAAUGUCUACGCCAAGGCUGAGCACCCGCCGUACGGGGUGCCUCGCCGUUGGGCAAUUCGGGCUGCCCAGGUCGCUCAGGAGGCUCUGGACGCAGGUGUGGUCCCCGGCCUGGCCUUCAUGCACAGCCUCAUGGAGUGCCAGGCAAAGGCGGGGCUUCCGGAAGCCGCACUCGCCACCUACCACCAGCUGCUGAGGAAGGGCCUGCAGCCCACCCCACGCACCUUCAACAUCCUGCUCCUGGCCCACCGGAGGUCGGGUACGAGUCGGGGGGCCGCCCACGUGUUUGAAGACCUGCUGCCCAAGGCAGGGGUCACCCGGACGCUGGCCGUCUGGAACUCCUACCUGGGUGUGUACGCCGUGGCCGGCGACAUCGACCGCGCCUACCACGUCUGGACCUGCAUGCUCGCAGAAGGUAUCGUCCCCGACCACUUCACGGAGCGAGUGCUGGUCCAGGCCUUCUCCGCCCGCCCCUCCCUGGCAGCCGAAGUACUGGACGAGGCCCGGCAGCUGCGGACUUCGUCGCACGCGGCCGGGCAUCGCUCCUCCAGCCACGCCGGUGCCCCCUCCGGUGAGGCCGCCGCGACCCCUGCGUCAAGCGCCAACAACGUCGCUCGACAGCCCCCCAUGGCGCUGGAGCAGCCCAGCCGCCGCAGCCUGUCACCGCUGCUGCUGCACGGCCAUCUGGGGCAGGGUGCAGACCCCAGCAAGCCGCCGGCGCGCCAGCUGCUCUACAUCGACCUGCAUGGCGUGUCGCGCGCCGCGGCGGCCACCCUCCUGCACCGCCGCCUGGAGCUGCUGGUGGCGGCCUGGCCCGCGCUGCGUGCCGAGCUGGGCGACGGGGGGCCGAGGGACGAGGCCGCGGCGUCACAUGGUGACGGGACGGGCGAAAGUGAGGCGGCUGAGGGGCCCCCGGCGGCGGCAGGAUGUGCCCCGCUGGAGUACGCGGGCCUGCAGACGGGCACGCCGGAGCGCCCGCGCGCGCUGCUGGUGGUCACGGGUGUGGGCCACGGCAGCCCCGAGUCGCAGGGCGUGCUGCGUGGCCUGACGCGCGACAUCCUGGGGGCGCAGGGCCUGGAGUGCCACGACGCCGGCGGCAACACGGGUGAGGGAGGGGUGGAGGCAGACCGAAGCAACCCGCGAGACCGUCCAGACCGGAGCACCAUGCCGCGCCCCGUCCUGUAUGCCGACAUGCUGAGCCAGCCAUGCCGAGCCGUGGUGGUCCUCUGUCAACAGAACGGCAUAGAUGUCGAGAUCAAGCCAAUCAGUAUCGGUCGGGGUGAGCAUCGCAGUGCGGACUUCAAGGCCGUCAACCCCCUGUGCAAGCUUCCCUACCUUGUGGACGGCGACGUGCACAUUGGCGACAGCAUUGCCAUUCUGAUCUACCUCUGCACUGUCAACAGGGUGCCUGAUAACUGGUACCCAGCCGAUCCAGUGAAGCAGGCCAGAGUCAACACCGUGCUUGGCUGGCAUGGGUCGACACUCCGCACCGGCAGCACCAUCACCAUUUUCAACAGGGUUCUGGCUCCCCUGCGGGGUACACCAAGCAAUGAGCCGCUGGUCAAGGAUUUCGGGCUGCCCACCCUGCAGACCGCCCUGCAGACGAUCAACGACGUGUGGCUCGCCAAUGAUGACUUCGUGGCAGGCUCAGACGUCAGCAUCGCAGACCUGCUGUUGGCCACGGAGAUCGACAUGGCACAGCUGCUCGAUGCUGCACGCGAGGGUCCAGCACUGGAGGAGCUGCUAGCACCCGUGCCCAAGGUCCGGUCCUGGUUGAACCGGCUGUCGCAGCGAUGCGCCCCACACUACGAAGAUGCCAAGGAGCAGCUGGGAAAGGCGCGCAUCAGGUUCAUUCAGGUCCUGGGUGGAUCCGAUGAGGACAAGGCGAAGCUGUGA